CGACAUCUACUGGAGAUCUCGGGUAUCUCAGCUUGCUUCUACUGAGAGACGUCAUCGGUGGUAUCCAAGCCUCCGUGCAGCAUCAGAGGGAACCGAGCAGCUUCAGUAUCUCCACUGUGAUCCUGCGCCAGGCCUCCAGCGUCGUGCUCAAGGCUCAGUUACUCUGCUGUAACCCAAAACUAUGGGAAAGGAAAAGCUUCACAUCAAUAUAGUGGUCAUUGGUCAUGUGGACUCUGGGAAGUCCACCACCACUGGGCACCUCAUCUACAAGUGUGGCGGCAUCGACAAAAGGACCAUUGAGAAGUUUGAGAAGGAGGCUGCUGAGAUGGGUAAAGGUUCUUUUAAGUAUGCAUGGGUUUUGGAUAAGCUGAAGGCUGAGAGGGAGAGGGGCAUCACCAUCGAUAUCUCCCUUUGGAAGUUUGAGACCAGCAAGUACUAUGUCACCAUCAUUGAUGCCCCUGGACACAGAGACUUUAUUAAAAACAUGAUCACUGGUACCUCCCAGGCAGACUGUGCUGUACUAAUCGUGGCAGCAGGCGUGGGUGAGUUCGAAGCCGGCAUCUCAAAGAAUGGUCAGACCCGCGAGCAUGCCCUACUGGCAUACACGCUGGGUGUGAAGCAGCUGAUCGUGGGCGUCAACAAGAUGGACUCCACUGAGCCUAAUUACAGCCAGAAGCGCUAUGAAGAGAUUGUGAAGGAAGUCAGCACCUACAUCAAGAAGAUUGGCUACAACCCAGAGACAGUGGCCUUUGUGCCGAUCUCUGGCUGGAAUGGGGACAACAUGCUGGAGGCUAGCCCAAAUAUGACAUGGUUUAAGGGCUGGAAGAUCAACCGCAAGGACGGAAGCAUCUCAGGAACGACUCUAUUAGAGGCUCUGGAUGCUAUUCAGCCUCCAACCCGGCCAACUGACAAACCACUGCGCCUCCCACUUCAGGAUGUUUACAAGAUUGGAGGUAUCGGUACAGUCCCAGUUGGCCGUGUUGAGACUGGUAUAUUGAAACCGGCCAUGGUUGUGACAUUUGCCCCUGUAAAUGUAACCACUGAGGUUAAGUCUGUGGAGAUGCAUCACGAGGCUUUGUCUGAGGCAUUGCCUGGGGAUAAUGUGGGAUUUAAUGUAAAAAACGUCUCUGUCAAGGAUAUCCGUCGUGGGAAUGUUGCGGGAGAUAGCAAGAAUGACCCGCCACAGGAAGCUGCUACCUUCACUGCUCAGGUCAUCAUCUUGAACCACCCAGGCCAGAUAAGUGCUGGCUACGCUCCAGUGUUGGACUGCCACACAGCCCACAUUGCCUGCAAGUUUGCUGAACUGAGGGAGAAGAUUGACCGUCGUUCAGGGAAGAAGCUAGAGGACAACCCCAAAUCGCUCAAAUCCGGUGACGCUGCCAUUGUGGACAUGAUCCCAGGCAAGCCCAUGUGUGUGGAGAGCUUCUCUGAGUACCCUCCUCUUGGGCGAUUUGCAGUACGUGACAUGCGUCAGACGGUGGCAGUAGGCGUCAUUAAGGGGGUGGAAAAGAAGACGUCCACUUCAGGCAAAAUCACCAAGUCUGCCCAGAAGGCCCAGAAGAACAAAUGAAUAUUGUGCAGGGCUGCAAUCUCUCGAGUCAGCCACAGCAGAAUCCACGUCAUCCAUACGCUCCUUAGCUUAAUAGUCAAAGCCUGGCAAAUUAUCACAAUGCAUCGCAAGAGUAGACGAAGGAAAAAACAACAACUAACCAACCGCUUUGACAAUGAUGAUUUUAGUUAAUAUAUUGUACCCUUGUAUUUAUGGUUUCUAGUUUCUAGUCUGAAGUGUCAGUAGAUGUUCUGUGAAUAUUACCAGCACCUUAUAGUGUAGAUUAAGUAAAGGAAAAUGUGAUUGUUUCCAUCUUUCCUGCUUAAUGUGCAAAAGUCUGAAAACUUUCCUAACAUUGACCAGCUAUAGUAUGUAGCUAAUGUCCCAAAAUGUGAUCUGGCAUGCAAAUGCAAUCAGCCUUUUCUGCUUCUUGUAGUCAAGGGAUUUUUUUGUUUUACUCUGGUCCGUAUGAAGCUGAUAUGUUUGUGACAUAGCUUUAAAACUUGUAUCGUUUCUGGCUGCAUGCAUGACGCUACCCUGGCUAGUGCACUUUAAUGAGACUCCCUUAGCACUUUGAUAAAGCACGGGCUAAAUACGUUGCACUUGCACUCAUGUACUUUAACAUAUACAUAUAUAUUUCUCCAUAAGCUCAUAUAACAUGGAUCAACAAUAAUAAAACAUUGAGCACUC